AUGCUGCUGCGUCGCGCCGCGGGAUGGACACGCGUCCUCGGAGGCGCGGCGCGGCCGGCGCGGCCGACGCUGUCGCGGACCUUCGGGGACGUGGCGCGGCGGUCCCUGGUCCAGGGCGCCGAGGAGACGGUGAGUGGGCUGGACUACGCCGCCGAGGAGGGCUUCGAGCCGCCCAAGGUGCGCCUCGUCGGGGAGCCUUCGCCCGCGGAAGACGCGGCGGAGGAACAGGCGGACGAGGCGCCCGCGGCGGACCCGCGCCUCAUCGCGGGCCGCGAGGGCGUCCACGCCAAGCAGGCGGCGAAGCUCGCCCAGCGGGGCAUCGACACGAUGACGGAGAUCCAGCACCUCACCUUCGACGCGGCGCACGCGGGCCGCGACGUCCUCGGCAAGAGCCGCACGGGCACGGGCAAGACGCUGGCCUUCGGCCUGCCCCUCGUCGAGCGCCUCGCGGAGCGCGCCCGCGAGGGCGACUACGACCCGAAGAAGCGCGCCCGCGGGCCCGCCAUCCUCGUGCUCGCGCCGACGCGCGAGCUGGCCAAGCAGGUGGAGGCGGAGUUGCACCUCCUCGCGCAGACGCACGGGCUGUCGACGACCUGCUUCCACGGCGGCGUGUCCUACGGCCCCCAGGAGAACGCGCUGCGCCGCGGCGUCGACGUGCUCGUCGCCACCGUCGGCCGCGUCAUCGACCACAUCGACCGCGGCAACUUGGACCUGUCCGACGCGUACCACGUCGUCCUCGACGAGGCCGACGAGAUGCUCUCCAUGGGCUUCGCCGACGACGUCGAGCGCAUCUUCUCCGACUUCGACCUCGACGACCUCCUCGGCGCCGCGCCGCCGCCCGCGGACGCCGCGGCCCCGCUCCGCCGGCCCCAGACGCUCCUCUUCUCGGCGACGACGCCGUCCUGGGUCAAGAAGCUCACGUCCAAGUACCUCGAGGACCCGGAGCUCGUCGACGUCGUCGGCGACGCGCGCCAGCAGGCCGCGACGACGGUGACGCACAAGGCCGUGCUCGUGCCCCGGGGCCCCGACGCGCGCGCGUCGCUCCUCGAGGACAUCAUCGCCGCCGCGCAGGGCGGCGGCCGCGUCAUCGUCUUCACCUCCACCAAAAAGGAGUGCGACGAGCUCGCGGGCGGGCCGGCGUUCCAGCGCCUCGCGGCCCAGGUGCUCCACGGCGACAUCGGCCAGGCCCAGCGCGAGACGACGCUCGCCCAGUUCCGCCGGGGCGCCUUCACGGUCCUGGUGGCGACGGACGUCGCCGCGCGCGGCAUCGACGUCAAGGGCGUGGAUCUGGUCGUCCAGUACCGCACGCCCCGCGACGCCGAGGGCUACGUGCACCGCAGCGGCCGCACGGGCCGCGCGGGCCGCGACGGCACGGCCGUGGUGUUGUACGACGAGCGCGAGGAGCGCGACGUCCGAUCCUUGGAGCGGCUGACGGGCGUCACGUUC